AUGUCAGACAGCGUUAAGAUGCCAACGAAGGAGGGCAACUCUAAUGUAUCUCAACGGUUUCCAGAUUUUUCAUUGAGUAAAGGAUCAGCACCUAAGCCUACUAACGAUUCCGAAGUGGUUGCUGACCUUAUGGAUACAGAAUGUGCUGCCGAUGUUGUGGAAAACACAAGACAGGAGAAAAUUUUACAUUCGGAUUUUUAUGAAGAUUUUGGCGAUUUAUUUGAAGGAGUUGAGCCAUAG